AUGAACAAAGUGCUCUUUGAAUUUGAACUUGAUGUUGAAAAAAUGCCGUUAGGUAAAUUGUCAAAAUCUCAAAUUAAAUCUGGAUACAUUGUGCUAUCAGAAUUACUCCAGGAAUUUGAUAAAGAUAGAGUAGACGAGAAAAAAAUAAAAGCAGCUACGAAUAAAUUUUAUACUUUAGUGCCACAUAACUUUGGAACUAAUAAGCCUAAAUUAUUAGAUAAUCCUGAUAUUAUUAAAAAAAAGAUAGAAAUGUUAGACAGUCUACUAGAAAUUGAAAUCACAUACAAAUUAUUGGUAGCACCUUCAGAAGACUCUUUAAGUUCGAUUGAUUCUUAUUAUCUUAAACUGAAAGCAGAAAUUACACCAUUAGACAAAAUAUCAGCUGAUUUUGAGCUUAUUGCCACGUACAUGAAGAAUACCCAUGCUCCCACGCAUACCUCUUAUGUUGUCGAAAUAGAAGAGCUUUUCAAAGUUGUUCGUGAUGGUGAAGAUGAACAUUAUAAAAAAUUCAAACAACUUCGUAAUAAGCGUCUACUUUGGCAUGGAUCUCGAAUCACAAAUUUUGCUGGAAUACUUUCUCAGGGUCUUCGUAUAGCACCUCCGGAAGCACCGGCAACAGGGUACAUGUUUGGAAAAGGUGUGUACUUUGCAGAUAUGUUUUCGAAGUCUCCCAAUUACUGCUUUGCAAAUAAAAACAAUCCUACUGGUUUUGUUUUAGUAUGUGAAGUGGCUCUUGGAGAAAUGAAAAAAUGCUAUAGAGCACAAUAUAUAAGUGAGCUUCCAGCCGGAAAACAUUCAGUGUGGGGUGUAGGUCAAACUCAACCUGAUCCCGCACAAAACAGAGUUUUAGAUGACGGUAUUGUUGUACCCCUGGGCACACCAAUUAGUAAAAAAGUUCGCAGUUCUCUCCUCUACAAUGAGUUUAUUGUUUAUGACGUCUCACAAAUUAACGUAAAAUACUUAGUACAAUUGAAUUUCAAAUUUAAGUAA